GGCCGGUCGCGAGGCGUAGCACAAGCGGCACAGACGCGCGGACAGUCGCGCGGCAGCAGAGCGCGGCAGUGCGCGGGAGACAGCACCGGCGGCAAGACGGACAGCGCGCGGCAGCCGGGGCCCGCGCCGCGCGCCUCGGGGCGGACGCCCGUCCCCCCGCCGAGGCGACGCUGGGUCCCGCCCUCCUCCCUGCGCCACCACGAGGUGCCCGACGGAGAUGCCAAGCACGACAUCAUAUUCCGUAAGGUCCGAGGUAUCCUGAACAAGCUCACGCCGGAGAAGUUCCAGAAGCUGAGCGAUGACCUGCUCGGUUUGGAGCUCGACUCCGACAAGGUGCUCAAGGGCGUGAUCCUUCUCAUAUUUGAGAAGGCUCUCGAUGAGCCCAAGUACUCGUCGAUGUAUGCACAGCUGUGCAAAAGACUAAGCGAGGAGGCACCAAACUUUGAGCCGCCCGGUCAGCCUUGCACAUUUAAGCUGUUGCUGUUGAACAAAUGCCGUACCGAGUUCGAAAACCGUGCACAGGCGUUCGCCGCGUUCGAGGACAAGGCGCUGCUGCCCGAAGAAGAAGAAAAGAGACAUCUUGCGAAAUGCAAAAUGCUGGGCAAUAUCAAGUUCAUCGGGGAACUCGGUAAAUUGGAGAUUCUAGCGGAGUCCAUCCUGCACCGAUGCAUCCAGAACCUGCUGGCGCGGCGCGCGGCCGCCGAGCACCACGAGGACCUCGAGUGCCUCGCGCAGCUCGUGCGCACGUGCGGCCGCGUGCUGGACUCCGAGCGCGGCCGCGGCCUCAUGGACCAGUACUUCGCGCGCAUCGAGACGCUGUCGGCGUCGCGCGACCUGGCGCCGCGCAUCCGCUUCAUGCUGCGCGACACCGUGGAGCUGCGCCGCGGCGGCUGGGUGCCGCGCGCCGCCGUCACGGCCGAGGGGCCCGUGCCCAUGCACCAGCUGCGGCCCGACGACGAGCACGUGGGGCGGCGCGAGCGCGAGCGCGACCGCGAGCGCGAGCGCGACUCGCUGUUCCGCGGCGGCCUGCGCUCGCGCCCGCUGGACGACGUGCUGGCCGGCCUCAGCCUGCAGCCCGCCGCCGCGCUGGUGCCGCCGCCCGACAAGCUGUUCGGCAACGGCUUCGCGCCGCGCGACGCCUUCCGCCAGCGCUCGGCGCCCGGCUACUACCCGCGCCAGCCGCCGCUGCACUACAGCAAGCACUCGCAGACCGCGCACCAGCACCAGGGGAACGGCUCUAAGGACGGGUCGUCGCGCUCCAACAAGGCGCGCGUGUACACGGCGGGCGCGCUGCACGACGUGCAGAUGCGGCCCGCCGCCAACUCGCUCAUGUUCACCGCCAACAAGCUGUCCAAGCCGCAGCCGCAGCUGCCGCUCGCGCCCGUGCAGCAGAACGUGCUGACGCCGGCGUUCGCCAGCACGCCGCCGCUGCUCAAGGAGCCCGCCAUCACUAUCAAACCGGCCGCCGACAAGAAGGACAAGCCCAAGAAGGAUAAGGCGCCCAACAAGGAGGAGGCCUGCCGCCUGGCCGUGGAGGCCGCCACGGCCGCCGCCGACGACGACGGCGACGGCGAGCCCGGGCCGGCGCUGCGGCGCCUGCGCGAGCUGCAGCCGGCCGACAAGGUGGUGCGGCGCUGCAUCGCCGCCGUGCUGGAGCACGCGCUGGCGGGCCCGCGCGGCGACGCGGCGGCGCUGCGCGGCUGCGUGCGCGUGGUGCGGGCGCUGCGGCGCGGCGCGGGCGAGGCGCUGCGCGGGCUGCUGGCGCAGCACCCGCACGCGCGGCUGCCGCGCCUGCUGGCGGCCGCCGUGGAGCUGAAGGCGCUGGCGCUGGCGGAGCUGGGCGCGUGGUGCGAGGCUGGUGCUCAUCAGCCGCUGCUGCUGGAGGUGCUGCAGGCGCUGCACGAGGCGCUGGGCGCGGAGCGGCUGGCGGCGCUGGUGGACGAGAGCAAGCUGAACGUGUGCGCGCACGUGGCGCCGGGCGGGCCGGCGCCGGCCGCCGCGGCGCUGGAGGCGCUGGAGGCGCGCGGGCUGGCGGCGCUGGUGCCGCAGCUGCGGGUCACGGCGCAGCUGCAGCGCCAGCUGGCGGCCGAGCCCGCGCCGCACGCGCUCUACCGCUGGAUCAAGGCCAACGUGGAGCCGUCGGUGCGGCAGAACGCGGCGUUCGUGUCGACGCUGGUGGCGCUGGUGGCGGAGCACGUGACGGGCGCGGCGGGCGCGGGCGGCGCGGGCGGCGCGGACAAGGCGGCGCUGGAGCGCGAGAAGGCGCUGCUGGAGGCCUACGCGCCGCUGCUCACGGCGCUGCUGGAGGGGCAGCCGCACCUGCAGCUGGCCGCCGUGUACGCCGUGCAGGUGCACGCGCACCACCACCGCUACCCCAAAGGCAUGCUGCUGCGCUGGUUCAUGUACCUGUACAACCUGGAGGUGUGCGAGGAGGACGCCUUCCUGCGCUGGCGCGAGGACGUCACCGACGCCUACCCCGGCAAGGGCGAGGCGCUGUUCCAGGUGAAUACGUGGCUGACGUGGCUGCAGCAGCAGGAGUCGGAGGACGAGGAGGCGGAGGACUAGCUGGCCCGGUCGCCAGGUCGCUCGGCCGCCGGUUGCUCGGCCGCCGGCUGACUGCCGCCGGCUACUCGGCCGCCGGUCGCUCGGCUGCCGGCUGACUGCCGCCGGCUACUCGGCCGCCGGUCGCUCGGCUGCCGGCUGACUGCCGCCGGCUACUCGGCCGCCGGUCGCUCGGCUGCCGGCUGACUGCCGCCGGCUACUCGGCCGCCGGUCGCUCGGCUGCCGGCUGACUGCCGCCGGCUACUCGGCCGCCGGUCGCUCGGCUGCCGGCUGACUGCCGCCGGCUACUCGGCCGCCGGUCGCUCGGCUGCCGGCUGACUGCCGCCGGCUACUCGGCCGCCGGUCGCUCGGCUGCCGGCUGACUGCCGCCGGCUACUCGGCCGCCGGUCGCUCGGCCGCUCGGUUCGAGAGCCGCACCGCUUUUAUUUCGCGCUCAUCUCAUUAUAUAAAUAUAAUUAAGCCAAAUAGUUGAACUACCUACGUUUGUUACCCUUUAACGCUAGACGCGCCGCGCGCUCGUGUCGCCGUCGGCGGUUCCAGUGUUAACGCUAGAUGUGUCGCCGUCGGCGGUUCCAGUGUUAACGCUAGACGUGUCGCCGUCGGCGGUUCCAGUGUUAACGCUAGACGUGUCGCCGUCGGCGGUUCCAGUGUUAACGCUAGACGUGUCGCCGUCGGCGGUUCCAGUGUUAACGCUAGACGUGUCGCCGUCGGCGGUUCCAGUGUUAAAUAGGACAAUUUUUAGGUUACUACGUAAACGAAUAUUAGUAUCUCGAGAUAAUUUUUUGUAGGCCUUUUACUCGAUUUUGAUACUUUUUACAAAUGUAUACAAUGUAUAGUGUUCGUUUGGACGUAUGAUUGCACCCCGAUCUGCCCCUCUCUGCAGUGAGCGUGUUUUAGUUGAAAUUGUAAAAAAUAUAUAUAUACGAAAAAUUUAAAUCAAUUUUUAUUAAUAAUAUCAUGAUGAUCAUUUAUUUUCAAUGCUAAAUGGACUUAGUGAUAAAUGUAAGAAUGCUUAAAUUUCAUUGUAUUAUCAAAUUUUAGAAUUUUGUAACUAGAUAAAUAAAACUAAAAAAAAAGCCGUCAGGCAUAAGAAAUGUAUGUUGAGUGAGUUGUAAUAAAGUUGUGAAAUGAUGAUGCUAAUGCAACAUAAAAUCAGUAACAUUGGUCAAUAUGUAUUCAGGAUGAAAAAUAAACUUCAGUGUAAUUUAUUACAAAAACA